AUGAAUCAUGUUUUGCGUGCAUUUAUAGGCAAAUUUUUGGUUGUGUACUUUGAUGACAUCCUUGUUUAUAGUAGGACUUUGGAAGAGCAUGUAAUACAUUUAAAACAAGUCCUAGAGGUUCUAAGAAAGGAAAGGUUGUUUGGAAUCUUGAAAAAGUGUGACUUUUGCACUAACAAAGUUGUUUUCCUUGGUUUUGUUGUAAGUAGCGAAGGAAUCACAGUUGAUGAAGAAAAGGUCAAAGUUAUUCGAGAUUGGCCAACCCCCACUACUAUUGGAGAAGUGAGGAGCUUUCACGGCCUUGCAAACUUUUAUAGGCGAUUUGUGAAGGACUUUAGCACCAAGGCAGCGCCACUGAAUGAGUUAACCGAAAAGAAUGUUUCAUUCAAGUGGGGAAACACACAAGAGAAAGCCUUUCAAGCUAUAAAAGAAAAGCUUACCCAUGCACCUUUGCUAGCCCUUCCCGAUUGCUAA